UCAUAUCAUCAUCAUCAUCUUUGGAACCGAUUUCAGUACCAGUUUUAAAAUGCGACAGCUCUUAGGCACGCGACGCUUCUUUCUGAGCGGCAAAAAUAAAAUUAGCAUCAUGAAUCCGUGCAGCAGCUACUCUGCGAUAGUCUGCUCCAUACUCCGUGCCAUCCAUAAAUUGGCGAUUCUCGGACUGCUCUGUCUGCUGGUCAUGAUGUGGCUGCAUAGGGCGCCGGAGCCAAAAGCCCCUAGGGCUGCUCCGCCAGCAGCGCGUAUCUUUUGCAUUAUCUCCACCUACUACCAUCGGCAUGAUUCGGCGGCGGUGCAUGUGAAACGCACCUGGUCCAAGCACUGUGAUAAGUUUCUGUUUGUCAGCGAUGAUGCCCACGAGGAGCUGGAGCCCGCCGUCUUUCAGAAUUUGAAUGAUAAAUGGACGCAAAUGCGUGCGCACUUUGAGUACGUGUACAAAUAUCACUUUGACGAGUCCGAUUGGUUCCUCUAUGCCAAUGAUGAUAACUUUGUCGUGGUGGAGAACCUGCGCUACAUGCUACAGCCCCAUAGCCCCGAGAAGCUCAUUUACUUUGGCUGCAAGAUGCAAAAUGCCGCCAACCAGACCUACAUGUACCAGCGAUCGAGCAUCGUCUUUAGCAGCGCUGCACUCAGGCAAUUUGUCCUGAAGGCCAUGCCUAAUGAUACCCUCUGCAGCUCAAGCCCUCAGGGCGACGCUGCAACUGAGCAACUGGGCCGUUGUCUUAGCAAAGUCAAUGUUCUAGCUGGCGAUAGCCGAGAUCACUUGGGCGAUCACCGUUUUAUACCUUUCGUAUUGAAAAAUCACCUGGGCAGCCCACUGAAUGCAUCACUGGAGCCGCACAAAUACUUCCUCGAUCGGUUCUACUACGAUGUAGUCGAUCUCAACGUGCCAGCCUCAUCACGCUUAAUUAGCACAAAAUUCGAAUAUAUGCCAAAUAUAUACAACUUUUAUUAUCUAACGUAUCAGGUGAGGAUAUUUGGAGCCUCCCAAGCGAGAGCAUGGAAAGGAGAACUCGAAGGAGUCCAAGCCAAAUCCAAGGUUCCACAUGAAGAAUAAACCUGUGCCGUUAAUCAA